AUGGCAAUUCAUAAUUCUCCAGUUGAUAAUGACAACAAUUAUGUCAUUUCCGAUAUAUUUGGCUCCAACUCAUUGAAGAGCGAUGGUAUGAUCUCAUUAUUUCCUUCUGACUCUAAGUUUAAGUUUGAUCAUUUAUAUUUAAAUCAAAUCGACCAAAACAAGAUUAAAGAAACUGUUCAAAAGCAAAAAAAUGAUUUUUUAAACAAAUUAUCUUCCGUUUCAAAAAUUAACCGUUCAUUAAAGUCAAAUAUUGACGAACUAUCGCAGUCAACAUCGACAAUAUUGAGGGAAAUUCAAAUAAAUGACAUUUCCUUUAACUCAAUUAGUGAUGAUGUGUCAAAUGUUUAUAAGCAAAUUGAGGAUUCCAAAAACCUUUUGAACGACUUGAGAACUGAAAAGUCACAACUAAAAUCAUUAUUAUCAUCUAAAACUGAAGAAUAUGAAUCAUACUUCAAGAAUACAAAUUUAAAGGAUAUUUGGUCAUCUAAGGUCACUUAUUUGGAGCUCCUGUUGGGGAUAAAAAUUUCAAGCUUAAGUUACACAUUGACUUUUUUAUUAAUUUUAGAUGGUUCAAUGAAGAUUUCCUUUUCCAGACUUAUAGGUUCGAAUCCAUAUACAAUUUGUAUGAUAAUUCUCAAACUAGAGGAUGAGAGAUUCAUUGGAAUCUCGUCCGACCCACCAAUUAAGGAUUUCAGUAAACUAGUCAGUGAACUUAACAAUGGUCUUGACUUUGGUUCAUUUCUAUGCCUAGUUAGGAAAUCAUUCAAAAUGGUUUUAUGA